AUUUGUUCUUAUCUUGUUUAAUAAAAAAAGAUAAAUAUUUUGGUUUGGUUUAAAAAAAAAUCCGAGAUGUUCUAUAACAAGGAACUUGUGGCCAAUCAAUGACUUGAAACCCGCAAGUAACCAACCCCACACACACCAUCUCUCUCUCUUCUCUAUGUCCAUCACUCUCUGUUUAUAUGAACAACCAAUAAAUUUCUGGGGGAAGUUCUGAAAAGAAAAUAAAACAGAAAAUAAAAUUUCAAGAAAGAAAGAAAGAAAGAAAGAAAGAAAGAGAGGAAAGACUAAUCGUAAAAAUGGUGGUGGAAGAAGAUAGAAGCAUGGAGGAAGGACUUAUUCUGCAAAGACAGCAAAACGACAGAGGUGAUCCUCAUGUUACCGCUUGUGUUAUCCUCAGCACUUUUAUUGCUGUUUGUAGCUCCUUAAGCUCUGGCUGUGCUGGUGGUUAUACUUCAGGCGCUGAGUCUGAGAUCAUGAAAAAGUUAGACCUUUCUAUUGCAGAAUUUUCAGCGUUUGGGUCAUUUCUGAACUUGGGAGCUGCAUUGGGAGCCUUUUGCAGCGGUCAAUUGGCAGUCACCCUCGGCAGAAGACGAACGUUGUGGGCCUGCGACUUGCUCUGCAUUUUUGGUUGGCUCUCCAUUGCUUUCGCAAAGGAUAUUUUAUGGCUGGACGCAGGAAGAAUUUCCUUGGGCAUAGGAGUCGGCUUGAUUAGCUAUGUGGUCCCGGUCUACGUUGCGGAAAUCACUCCAAAACAUGUUCGUGGUGCAUUUACUUCUUCUAACCAGCUUUUUCAAAACUGUGGCCUGUCCCUUAUUUAUUUUUUCGGGACAAUACUUAAUUGGCGGGUCCUGGCUAUUAUAGGUGCUAUUCCAUGCGUCAUUCAAGCGAUCGGUGUAUAUUUUAUACCGGAAUCACCAAGAUGGCUGGCUAAAGUCGGCUCAGGCAAAGAAGUAGACCACUCUCUGCAUCAGCUUAGAGGGAGAGACGCUGAUGUUUCGGGUGAAUCAGCUGAAAUUCAGGUUAUGACAAAAAUGGUUGAAGAAGAUUCAAAGUCAAGUUUCUAUGACAUGUUUCAGAAGAAGUAUAGACGAACUCUUGUGAUUGGAAUUGGUUUAAUGUUGAUUCAACAAUUAUCUGGAAUUGCUGGAGUAACUUAUUAUUCAAAUGCAAUCUUUAGAAAAUCUGGCUUUUCAGAGGCACUUGGGUCCAUGAUAUUUGGUGUGUUCGUGAUCCCAAAAGCCUUGCUGGCUGUAAUUUUCGUGGAUAAAUGGGGAAGACGACCACUCCUAUUGGUUUCUGCUGCUGGAAUGUCCAUUGGAUCCUUGGUUAUGGGAGUUUGCUUCACGUUACAGGGAAUGAAUAUUCUUCCUGAACUGACUCCAGUGUUCGUCUUCAUAUUCCUUCUGGUUUACUUUGGAAGUUUUGCCAUCGGUUUAGGAGGGCUGCCCUGGGUCAUUAUGUCCGAGAUUUUUCCAAUUAAUAUUAAAGUUUCAGCUGGGACGAUAGUGGCAUUAACCUCAUGGACCAGUGGGUGGUUCGUGAGUUACGCUUUCAACUUUAUGUUUGAAUGGAGCGCACAAGGUCCUUAUCUUCUCAACUAUUUUUAAUAAGGCUAACUAACAAAGCAGUAUAUUAAGAGCCACCUAUUACCUAACCUUUUGAAAACAAAAAUCAAACCAAACAUAAAAUUAGAACAAAUAGGUAGGUUGAAAUUGUUGUUUCUUCUAAUCGUAUUGUUUUCUUUUAUUUAAUAUUGUGAGUUCUUUUGUCUUCUUAGUUAAAUUGUUAUUUCGAUGAUAUCAUUUAUUUAUUUUAUUGGUGUUUAUGAUAAUUAAAUAGGUACAUUUUACAUAUUUGCGGUUGUUGGAGGAGCAUCAUUGGUUUUUAUUUGGUCUCUCGUGCCGGAAACUAAAGGACGGUCACUGGAAGAAUUACAAGCUUCGCUUACGGGGGCAACCUAAAACAAACCCCUGUAACAUAUAUUAAAAAAGCCUGUAAUAUGCUAUUAAUUUUGUUUUAAGCAACUCAUUUAUGAUCCAAGUGGCUUUAAAACAAAAUAUUUAUUUUGUAAUUACUACAAGCAUACUGCUUGAUAGUUAUAUUAUAUUCUGUUCGUCUACUUUGCUAAACAAAGUCGUAUCCUUACAAUUACGAAAUGUCCUGCAGCAGGAUAUUAUUUAAAAGAAGGUUUAUGUGUUACGUGUUGGUAACCAUGUAAGAUUAUGAUUAACCUGAAGUUUUUA